AUGUCUCUAGCCAUUGAUGUGGCCCGUCUCGGAGUCCCCAUCCAGGAAGACGGAAAUGACCAGCGCAGCUGGUCAUUGUUUGACCGCCUCUGGCCCUCUUCCACCCUUCACGUGGUUGUGCGAAAAGAGCCCUUCGAGGAAGUUGGUCGACUGGCAUACGCAACACGUGGCCAAGCCAGCGUAACCUAUGCAGUGCGAUCAGUUCAUCUAACGAGGUCAUUGUUUGACCGCCUCUGGCCCUCUUCCACCCUUCACGUGGUUGUGCGAAAAGAGCCCUUCGAGGAAGUUGGUCGACUGGCAUACGCAACACGUGGCCAAGCCAGCGUAACCUAUGCAGUGCGAUCAGUUCAUCUAACGAGG